AAGGCCUGUCAGUUGUCUGGGCUAUACAGGCCGGCAAAUGAUAUCCGAAUGAAGCUUACCUCAUAUGCACCUUACAUUGUACCGCAAAUGAUCCCCAGACCGCAAUCAUCAAUUAGUUUUCAAAAUUCUUUAGAAAACCACUCUCUUUAGUUGUCAUGUGGACAAUUAAGUAGUCGGAGACAUGCGUUACUUGUAGGAAAUAAGAUCAAACAUUUUCGCCCAUGGGUCGUUUAAUCAACUAAUUAAAGUAUUUCAACUGUCACAAUUUUAGAAAUAAGUGACCCCUCAGAGUCUGCAAGGACUUCGACUGAAGAAAUGGAUUCUGUAGUGUUGUUCCACUGUGACGACAAAGAACUUUUCAAGACCUUGCGAGUGCUUCAGUUCCUACCUCAGUGCGAAGUUGGUGCAGCGCUGCUAUUUUUGAUAAGCGACCCAUUUGCUGACGAUGACUACGCAAACGGCGAAAAUUCUAACGACAUGGCAGCUGUAGAGAGUUACGUCAAAUGUAUGAAGACACUGACACGCCUAGCCCGCAAUCGCCGCCAUGCAUUAACAGGAAACCAACGAAAUAAAGCGUCGAAAUCAAGCUCGUGCAAAGAUCUCUUGGAGGAAAACGAAAAGCUCAAGUUUCAAUUCCAAUGGGUUUACUUUAAAGACUCAACACAUUAUCUAAUCCCUUUUGGCGCUGUGGUUGGUACCCUAAUGCUGGUCUCCAUUAUCGGGACCAUCUGGGAUUGCUUCCACAAAAAGGAGAUCUACAAAAGUGCCACCAAAAGAGUAGAUUUGAAGCUUAUGAUGAGCUCAGCUGAUCAAAGUGCAGGAUCGAUGUUCGAAAGGAAUGCCGCAAAGGAGGAGAAGAGCUCGCUGAAGGUUGCAACUCCAGGUGAUGAGAAAAUCAGCACUCUUGAAAUGCAUGAAAGCCACCUGCCUUGUAAUGUCAAGUGACUAAGUUAAAACAGUGCCUGCCGUCGCAUAAAACCACUUAAUGGUCCUUAAAAUCUGUCGAUUUUAGC